AAUACAGUACUAGCAGAAUAAAUUCUAGCAAAGAAUCACUGUCAAGGGUGUAGUCUGCCCGCCCCUAUUUUGCUUUUAUCGAACCGUAUUAUCAAAUAGAGUAAAGUGUAGGGGGUAAACGGCACCUGAAUUUGUUUUUUGAGAACUAUUUUCUUCUUUUUAAGGAUGGUUGUUGACCUGUAGCUUGUUUCAUCUUUGGACAUCUGAUACCUACGGUGCACUGUCAAGGCUAAUUUAUGUUCAGAGGUCAGUUGUCUCCAGGGGCAACAACUGGGUUAAUUAGUAGCAGCUAUACGCAGGAUUACAGCUGAAGUAGAUUUGAUUUCAUCGAUUGCGUGUUAUCAGUUCAAUUCGAUAGCAGGCUGUAGAUAGCCCGUAAACUCCUUUACAUUCUAUUAGUCGAGCGAAUCGGACGCAAAAUGCCGAAAUAUUGAGAAACAAUUUGCCUUGUCUAUAUACAUUCAAAGGCGCACGAACUAUCUUCAUGAAGCCAGAGUGCUUGUUGCGGACGCCAAAUAAUAGUAGCACUUGUUAAAAGUUGUAAGUUUUGUAUUCAUGAUGAUCAGUAUUUAUCGCUGUUUAAUGAGAUUAGAUUAUAAAUCGAACUCAUAUAGAAAACCGUAUAAAAAGUAUGAAAUCCAGCUAUAUCAGGUACGGGAAAAGCAUUUUUAGAGUAUCGGUAGCUUGAAUAUGUACGAGCAUAAUAAACAAUGCUGUGAAAUAUAAGCAACUCAAUGAGGCUAUUACUCGUAUCAUGUUGUACCAUACUUAAUAUUCAUUAUCGAAGCGUUUUGUGUGUUACUGAAAGUUAUUCUUAGUUUUCUAUUGAAUACUCCGUUAGCUUCUAUGGAAUAUUUUUCUGUCGCUUCAAAGAUGACUGCAUUAUGUCCAACGCCAUUAUGACGAAUUAUUAGUUAUUCAAUGAGAUUUAUUACGAUGUACUACAUAAAUUUACACCUUGCAAUCCGCGGCAGAUUAAUAUUUUGUAUUCUACUAGCUGAACUUUCAGCUUCAUGGAAAUUCGUCGUCUAGGUUCCGCCGGCCUUGAAGCUCGUAGCUCCACCGCAUUCUUCGACGAGACGUUUCUGUAUGUCGACUCACUGGGGGUGCAUGUCUCGCGGACAUUUCUCGGCUUCAUAACUAUCUCAUCGACGUUUCUGCCGGGCGAUUUAAUCGAAGACGUGGUCAUCUGUGAGCGCAUCGAGGACUAUGGCAUAGUACACUGCCUGCUUGUAUUACUUAAAGGCGAAGCACCGUUGGAUGUGUUCGUUAAGUGCCCGCCCUCGCUUAAGGAGCUAAUACCGCUGUACAACCUCAUACAGGAUCGCCGCGAUGCUCGUCGCUCGCUAUGUGGCUAUAUUCGGAACACCCGGUCAUAACCACACCAGUCUGUUAAGAGCAAAAGCCUUCCUGCCGUUACUCCAUUAUGGAACGCUACCAAAUUUCUGUCCAUAUACCUCAAUCAUUAGGGACAGUCUGCCAUUUCCAGGCAACCAAUGGCAGGUACGAAAGUACAGCCAAAGUGUUCAGUCAACGACGACCACAACAGCAGCGACAUCGACGAUCACGCGGGAGGCACUCGCAGCCAAACGAAAAGCAUUUCAAGAGAACAAAGCCAGCUUGGAUCGACGGCGAGCCCAGGUAACGGCCCGGGUGCGUCUGGCGAAAACUAUAGCUAAACAACGAAUUAAGGUCUAUAAGGAAAAUAUUAUAACGAUACCCAAUCUUCUAUCUGUGUCAAGAAUUGUCAGUACACCACUUCUCGGCUUUUGGGUUUGCACCGGCAGCUAUUCAUUGGCAUUGAACCUGUUCACAUACGCAGCUGUAACAGAUCUUCUUGAUGGGCAGAUCGCUCGACGAUGGCCGAGCCAACAAAGUAUGGCAGGUACGGUUUUGGAUCCACUGGCCGAUAAGGUUCUCGUUGGAACACUGUUUCUCACACUCACCUACGCGGGUUUGAUUCCCAUACAGUUAACCAUGCUCGCGAUCUUCCGUGAUGUCACUCUGAUGGCGGCCUCGUUUUACUUACGCUUCAAGUCACUACCCAGGCCGAAAACCCUGCUUAGGUAUUUCGAUCCGUCAAUAGCAUCAAUUAAAUUCAAACCAACGUUCCUCAGCAAAGCGAACACGACCAUUCAGCUGGGCCUGUGUGCCACGACAUUGGGUGCAGCAGUAUUCCAGUACACGGAUCAUCCAGCUUUCUAUGCUUUGUGGUGGCUGACGGCGGCGACUACGUUUGCGUCGGGUUUAGAAUACGCGUUUAGGAAGGAUACCUAUCGAUUUUUGGAUAGAAACAAAAAAAAAUCCAAGUAAUGAACUUGUGAAGUGAAGAUUCAGCAGAAACCUACGAAGUCGGACAAUAUCAUCGUAAAGCGCCCUAGACGACAGUUUCGAAAGGAGGAGCGUGAUUCUCCUAUGGAGUUAUUUUCAUCUGAAUGUUCCAAUUAGUGUACGUUCAGUGUUAGCAGAAAAGGGCAACUGAUUAUUUGUCAAUGAUCAGUUCGUGCAAUGUUCGAUAAAUUUGAAGUUGUCGUGGAAGCGCGAUCGUUUCUAAACCCGCAUAUUUUCCUCAUUGUUGCUCUUUCAACUAAGGGGACCAGGUGUGACCAAAUGGGUCAAAUAAGAGGCCUGAAAUUAACGCCAGAAAAGGCUUAGAGCUAGAAUUUCUUCAGCAUCGGAUUAAAAGAGACCAGCCAAUUGAACGAAAAGUUGGACAACUCAGAGGGAGGAGACAGUUGAUUUGGUGCUUUGUUCAGAAGGGAUCAUGUCUUUCGUACGCGUUUAUUUGCAGGUUGGCCGUUAUAGAUACUGAUUUGAUCAGCUGAUCUAGAAAGUGGUGCGAAGCUAGUAAUGAAGUUGACUAUGAGGCAAGGAACGGCAAUGUACAGACAUCUUCGGUGGAGUAGAACGAGUUCGCGUGUUGUUGACAGUCCAUGAACAAAUAAGAGAAAGAAAAUUAUAUGCUGAUUUAUUAAAGGUGACGAUUCGAAAUGUAGGAACAAUUUGUGUAAAGAAAUAGAACAUUUUACAUUUAAUAGAAAA